CCCGGCCUCCCGCCCUUCCCCUUGCAGCCCAUUCCCCUUUUCCCCUCAGUCGCCUCGCGCCAGCAGUUUUUGGCUUUCACCCCCCAUCAGUGACCAAAGACUUGACCACUCAAAGUCCAGCUCCCCAGAACACUGCUCGACAUGGAAACCAGUGUGAUUGAAGGUGGAUUAAAUAUCACUCUCACCAUCCGACUACUUAUGCAUGGAAAGGAAGUUGGCAGUAUCAUCGGAAAGAAAGGAGAAUCAGUUAAGAAGAUGCGCAAGGAGAGUGGUGCACGUAUCAACAUCUCAGAAGGGAAUUGUCCUGAGAGAAUUAUCACUUUUGCUGGACCCGCUAAUGCCGUCUUCAAAGGCUUUGCUAUGAUCAUUGACAAACUGGAAGAGGACAUAAGCAGCUCUAUGACCAGUAGCACAGCUGCCAGUAGACCCCCAGUCACCCUGAGGCUGGUGGUCCCUGCUAGUCAGUGUGGCUCUCUCAUUGGAAAAGGUGGUUGCAAGAUCAAGGAAAUACGAGAGAGUACAGGGGCUCAGGUCUAGGUGGCAGGGGAUAUGCUACCCAACUCAACUGAGCAGGCCAUCACUAUUGCUGGCAUUCCGCAAUCCAUCAUUGAGUGUGUCAAACAGAUCUGUGUGGUCAUGUUGGAGUACCCCCCGAAGGGCGUGACCAUC